GUUGGAGGCAAGACUGCCCCUCGGUGAACUAUCGUGACCAUGCAGACAUAGCAGGACCAGCUUGCAGCACCCAAGGCUAUUGGAACGGCGCUGCUCACAUGGGUGGCAACACUAGUGGCAUGGUCUGGAGCAUCAAGUCUAUAACUGAUUGCUUCAAAAAUUCCAGGGGUGCUGUCUUUCAGGACAUCCGAACGACAGAAGGAAGCACCUAUGAGUUGGAAUUCUACACCAUUGAUGCCUUCAGGAACUACAAGACAUCGAAUGAAACGCAGGUGCAUGUUGAGGUGCAGUCGCCCACUGGGACCACCCUCAUUGAUGAAGCCAUUGCUGUGAUGGGAUCUGCCUUUGAGCCUGUGGAUGGCAGCUGGAGCUUUGCUGGCCCGUUUCCCUUCCAGGCUUCGAGUGAGAACACUCGUAUCUACUUCUAUGCGGGAGGCUCGGCUUGUCCUAUGCUGGACAACGUUCGAGUAAGAGUGACGAAAGAAGCAGAGACUACAACCACUGAAGCUCCGGAGACUACACCUUCGACUACCACGAUGGCAAGAUCGAGCAGUGACACCGCAGCAGCUGCCACAGCUAAAUCGAUCGCAACAGCCGAGGCUGCCCUCAAGGCUGGAGCCACUGCGGCCGCCACAGUGCUGCGCAAUGGUGGGAAGGCACAUGAGCAGUCGCUGGCGGCCGCGAAUGCUGCCGCCGCUGUCUCCAAGAGCAGUGGCCGCAGCUUGCCGCAACAAGCGUUCAUAGCUGCGAAGGCUGCGGCCUUGGCCAUCCAAGCUGCAGGUGAAACGGUUGAGCUCCAAUGUGCUGAGGCAGGUCGAGCGGCCUUUUUUGUGUCCAAAUCUGGUGGGCUAGCAGAAGAUCAGAUUGCUUCACGGGCUGGUGAUGCGGCAGUAUCUGCUGUCAAGCCACAAAACUUGCAGUCUCAACAAAUGGUCGAGUGUGUGGCUGCAGCAGUGAAGACAGCUUGCAAAUCGGCUGGCAUGGAUUCAGAAGCACAAGCAGAAUGUGCUGGCUCCUCUGCGAUUUCAGCUGCCCAGAGAGCAAACAUGACUGAGGAUGAGCAAGCAGAAGCUGCUGGCAAGGCUGUAGAAGCAGUCAUGUACAUGAAGCAUGAUACCAGCAUGGAUGCAUGGGGACAGCUCACCACUAGCCCUGCCACGACCACUACAACCAAGAAUCCUGAGAUUGAGGAGCUCUUGCACGAGGUGCAGGAAGCCAAGGCUGCCGCUGGCUUGGCCGCCGGUGCCGCAGCCGAGGCGGCUGCCGCCGCAGCCAAAAGCCGCGAGGGGUCGGCAAGCAGCACGACGAUGAUGAGUGUGGCACGGGGUGCCAGCUAUGAGACUGAGGUGUUCGUCACAGAUCAUCCCACUGCGGAAAUACCUGAGGCACAUCCAACGGAGCGUCCCUUCACCAGCACCACACACAAGCUCUGGAAAAAUGCCUGCCCUGACAAGACCCGCGCUCCACGUGGCACGUGGGUCGUCUACAACCUGAGUAGUACGCCCAUCCUGCACUCCUGCCUGGUGAAGCCGAUGAAGGAUCGUGUGCCUGAAGAGUGUUGCAAUGCUCCAGGCGCUCUAAACUUAGUUGGUGCCACCUUUGAGGAGCUCUACUACAGCAAUGACUACGGCUCCUGCGUGACUUUGACCCAUGCAGGGCCACUGGCGGGAAAGACCAGCAAGUUGCAGUGCAAUUCGGACAACUCCGUCACUUACGGAGAAGGUCGGUGUGGCGAGGACUGCAGUUGCAGCUUUCAAGAUGUCUACACGCCAGGCUGA